AUGCUGCAAGAGACGACAGAAGCACAUCCGCGGAAGGAGUAUCGACGUAAAGCGAGAGGAAUGAACUUGUCAAGAGUUAUAUAUCUCAUUUCACUACCGGAAAGUCAAUUUCAGGUUGCUAUUUCCGUGCAGCCUGGGGUUGUUCGCCAUAGCUAUGAAGCAAGAGUCACUCACAUCUCCGAGGACUUCCUAUCGGCUCUUAUUCUGGAAUCGAUUUCUAUAAGUGCACCUGUGGAUGACAGACUACAUGAGAAAUUGAGAGGUGUUGUACUCGAGGUGGACGAUAUCAUAGAGGUUAAGCAUAGCUGUUUAACCAUCAAACGUGGCGUAUGUCAGCUGAGAGGAAAGUUUGUUCGGAUUUUGCGAAAAGGGUGA